AUGUAAUAAUUGUAUAAACAUAAAAUCAUUCAUAGAGAUUUAAAACUAGAAAAUAUUCUUUUAAGUCAAAAUGUAAUUAAAAUAAGUGACUUUGGACUUUCCAAAUAAUUAGAAUAAUUUCAAUAUGAUGUUAAUAGUGUAAAAUGUGGAACUCCAUGUACUAUGGCACCUGAAAUUCUACUUGCAAAUACAAAUUAUCCGAAAUACACAAAUAAAGCUGAUGUAUGGUCAUUAGGUAUUAUUUUACAUGAAUUAGUUUAUAAAAAACAUCCAUUUGAUAUGGACUUUUAAAAAAUGAAAAAAUAAUAAAGAGUUUUUAUAAAAAAAAAAUAUUAAAUUAUUGAAAGUUUUAUUGAUAAAAGUCUAGUUUUUAAUCCUAAAAACAGAAUAUAUAUGGAAGAAGUAUUUAAUCAUUAAAUAAAUAUUUGUUAGGAUAUAAAUUAAUAAAUUUAUUAUUAAGAAAAUGUAUAAUUUUAAAGUAUUUCUAAAUUGUAAAAAAAUUAAUAAAAUAUCGAUAAAGAUUUCUAAUGUUUAUAAAACAAAGACUUAUAUUAUUUAAAAAAAAGAAACAUUAAAAAAUAAAUUAAUUAAAUAGAAUUUAAUUUACAAUUAUAAGAAGAAAAAGAAAUAUAAAAAAUUAAAUAAAUUAACGAUUAAACUAUCAGUAAAACGAAAAGCAAUAUAAACUAUUUUUUUACAAUAAUAAAAUUCUUUGGAGCUCUAUCAAUAUAAUUUACUAUAUAUUUUUAUAUAAAAAGUAUUUUAAAGUGA